UUUCACGACCGCACCUCUCAUGACAGCCUCGGAAAACAAGACAGACGAAGACAAACAAACAGGGGAGCAGAGGGGAAACAGCGGACUCCUGCCUACUGACAUUAUUAAAGGGAUUUACUGCUGUGCGUAAAAAGGCGCACGGGGCUCUCCGCUGCGCGCCUCCAUCCUGCGGUAACAUUUGAUUUUCUAUUUGUUUUAAAAUUGGCCAUUGCAGCUUGUUCUCGGAUCUUCAUCCCCACUCCGCAACAAGAUGUUAAAAAUGACGGAGGAGCAUGACAAGUGUGGGAGCGACCAUCCCUGCAGUCCGUCAGGCACCAACAGCUCCAUGUCUCAGGACGAGUCCGACUCUGACGCGCCGUUCUCCCCGACGGGAUCCGACGGCCAGGGGUCCCUGCUCGCCGGCCUGGGCAAGAAGCUGGACUCCGAGGAUGACGACCGGUUUCCGGCGUGCAUACGGGACGCGGUUUCUCAGGUGCUCAAGGGAUACGACUGGUCCCUGGUGCCGAUGCCCGUGCGAGGGAACGGAUCUCUGAAGAGCAAGCCCCACGUCAAGAGACCCAUGAACGCGUUCAUGGUUUGGGCGCAGGCGGCCCGCAGGAAGCUGGCGGACCAGUACCCGCACCUGCACAACGCCGAGCUCAGCAAGACGCUGGGGAAACUGUGGCGCUUGCUCUCAGAGAGUGAGAAGAGGCCGUUUGUAGACGAGGCAGAGAGGCUCCGGGUUCAGCACAAGAAAGAUCAUCCAGACUACAAGUACCAGCCUCGGCGACGGAAGAAUGUGAAACCGGGCCAGAGCGACUCGGACUCAGGAGCAGAGCUGGCACAUCACAUGUACAAAGCUGAACCGGGGAUGGGAGGACUGGCAGGGAUGACCGACGGGCACCACCCCCCUGAGCAUGCAGGGCAGCCCCACGGCCCCCCAACACCGCCCACUACUCCCAAGACAGAUCUGCACCACGGGGUGAAGCAGGAUCUGAAGCACGAGGGCCGACGCCAUGUCGACAGCAGCAGGCAAAACAUCGACUUCAGCAACGUGGACAUCUCUGAGCUCAGCACCGACGUCAUCAGCAACAUGGAGACCUUUGACGUGCACGAGUUCGACCAGUACCUCCUGCUCAACGGCCACACCUCGGGCUCCUCCGGCCUGCCCGCAGACCACAGCCACGGGCAGGCCCCGGCACCCGGCAGCUCUUACACUUCCUCAUACAGCCACGCAGGCGCCAACGGGUCCGCGUGGAGUCGCAAGAGCGCCAUGUCCUCCUCCUCCUCCUCCAGCGAGGUGGGCCAGCACCGACUCCAUAUUAAAACGGAGCAACUGAGCCCCAGCCACUACAGCGAGCACUCCCACGGGUCCCCCUCACACGCCGAGUACGCCUCCUACAGCAGCCAGGCCUGUGUCACUUCAGCCGCGUCAGCUGCCUCGGCCGCGGCCUCCUUCUCCAGCUCCCAGUGUGACUAUACUGACCUCCAGGGCUCCAACUAUUACAACCCUUACUCCGGCUACCCCUCCAGCCUCUACCAGUACCCGUACUUCCACUCCUCCAGGCGGCCCUACGGCAGCCCCAUCCUCAACAGUCUGACCAUGGCUCCCGCCCACAGCCCCACCGCCUCCAGCUGGGACCAGCCCGUCUACACCACGCUGUCGCGGCCUUAAGGGGACGAGAGGCCGUUCAGUUCGCACACGAAACUCGUUCAGAUUGAUGCACUACUAAUGGAGGACGCGAGGUGCAGGUGGAGGAGUGUGCUUGGUGGGUAGUAGGUUACCUGUGACCAUUUGAACGUGAAGCAAACAAAUGACAAAAAAAAAAAGUGCCUGCUGAUUUUAUACAAAGUUAUAUUGUUGCGGUGAAAAAGACACUUGAGACUUUUUACAGGAGACAAAUUGUGUUGUUGGUGAGCCAAACUCCUCCGUGAGGACAUGUCACCUACGCCUACAUCCUGUACACCCCUCAUCUUUCCAGUUAAAGAUUGCACGUGUGCACACACUCGAGGUGAAGCAAAGGCCUCCCCCCCCCCGAGUCGUGUAGGAGAGGAACGGUUUGGGCCAAAAUUGUGAUGUGGAGCAGAUGGAGAAGCAGACAUAUUGGAGAAUAUACACGGGACCAAUUAUGUAAAUUUGCAGUUAAAUUUACGUUAAUGGCCAGAGCUAUAUCGCAGCACACUUGUCCAUUUGCAUUAGUGGAUCCGUCUUAACUCGAUUGCUCGUAUGAAUUUUAGAGUGUCAUUUUGGCAUAAAAGUCUUAUAUGUAUUUAUG